UCAAAAAUAAAUAUAAAGCGUAAAUAACAACCGAUUCUAACCAAAACAUAGUCAAGUUCGGCUAUUUGUUAAUUAAGACAGCAGCGUAAUCAAUAGAUAAAUAUAUUAAUAAUAUCAAUAAUAAUAACUUUAACAAGUUAAUAAUGAUACUCGAUGGCUGAUAAUAAAACAAUAAACUGAGGGUUAUGGACGAUAUUGAACAAUCUGUGAGUAAUAAAAAUGAAAUACUCAGUCAAUCUUACUCCCAAGGACUCCAAAGAAUUGGUUGUAAAGACAAUAACAUAGAUAGUUUCUUUUUACCCCAAGAUAUAAUUCGCUUACGUGAAAAUCAAUGGGACGAAUUUUUCGAUAAAUAUGAAAAAAAAUUUGAUGAAGACUCGGAGAUCGACAUGAGAACGGACUGCGACGAGGCUGCAGAAAAAUCUGAUGAUAAUUUAGGUGAUGAGAGUGAAUUUGAUCUGCGACAAUCUGAUUCAGAUGCUGACGAAGUCGACGAAGAAGAACAAGAGGGUGACGAUGAGGAAGAUGACGAGGAAGACGAAGACGGUGACGAGGCCGAAGGAUACUUUGAAAAAAACCGAGCGCCGCUCAGAAAAUCUCCGAGUUUAAUUCAGUACUGGAUUGACACCGGGCGGCCCCCGAUUUUGAUGAGUGAAGACCUAGACGAGUCUAAUAUUUUAAAUGAAGAUGUUAAGGCAAAUAAGUUGAUUCACUCGAUGGAGGUUGAACCUAAACGUCGGAGUAAUUCUCUACUCAGUUCUGUUGAUACCGCAGCUUAUAUUCUUUCCAAUACUAAUGUUACUGCUAAAGCUGAAGCCAUCGCUAUUGUCGAAGGCGCCAAGUCUCUUGAUUUAAAUGAUACUAAUGUUAAUGCCACUGUGCCAAGCUGUUUAGAUAACGAAAUAAUAAAUUGUGAUAUUCGUAAUAAGAGUCCUGUUAAAAAUAAUCAGGGUGCUAAUAAAAUAAAUCUGAGUCCAAUAAUUGAAAAUAUAAAUUUAGAUAAAAUAAAUCCAAGUUCAAUCGAAGGAAAUAAUUUAAACGUUACUGAUAACAAUAAGACACUUAUUACUAAAUCACAAUUAAUAUCAAAAUCCGAUGAAUCUGAAAAUAAAAUAACUAAUGACGGUAAUGUUGACAAAUCAGAGAUUGAGGCAACAGCACAGUGUAGUCCUAAAAUAGCCGACGUUCUUCCAAUUCACGAUGAUCCAACCAAAGCUAAAGUCAUUGAGUCUUCAAAUAUUUCCAAAGAACAUGACGAUUUAAAUUCACUCAAGUCAUUAAAAUUAACCUGGAAUAAUACGACUGAUACUAAAACUGUAAAUAAUCGUAAGUCAUUGCGUAAAAAAUUGUAUACGCAACGCAGUUCUCCAGUCAAUUUUGUCUUAUCAACGACUCCGAUCAGUGUAAAGAAUGGAAAUGAUAGCGAUUUAAAUGUUCGCAACAAUAAUAAUUGUGAUUCAAAUUAUAGAGCUGAAAAAAAGAUACUGAAAAAAUUACAUCCGGCAUUCGCUACACCGCUGACUGAUAACACUAAAAAAUGUAAGCGUAUUAAGCGAGCCAGCUGGGCAAGGAGAAUGAAUCGUUAUUCGAAAAUGAAGACUGAGAAGAGUUCGGAUGACGAAGCUGAGAGUAAUUCUGAUUUGAAAAGUGAAUCGAUGAAUUCUAUUGAUAACAAGGAUUCAGUGGAUAAAAUUAAAAGGAAAUCGAAAAAAUUAAGUCGUCAUUCUGUGAGACAAAGUUUGAGAUCUAAAGUCUCUAUAGAUUAUAAUGAAAUUCUGUCAAAUUCAUCGGGUGAAGAAGAAAAAUUAAUGGAUACAAAAAAGGCGGGAGAAAAAUUAAUGAAUACAAAUAAGACGGAAGAUAAAUUAAUGGACACAAAUAAGGCGGAAGAAAAAUUAAUGGACACAAAUAAGGCGGGAAAAAAAUUACAGGAAAAAGUUUUAGAGAAAAAUAAAAUAAAAGAGGUAAUAAGUAGUGAGAACAAAGUUGUGAAUAAUAAAAACAAUAUCCAGGUUUAUAAUCCAUUAAUUGUAUGUAAAAGAUUGACUAUUAAUUUAGAACAGUUGCCGGUUAAUUAUACUAAUAAGUUGAGAAAUAAACAAAUAAGUGAAAUUCAAAAUAUUGAUGAUUCACAAGAGAGUGAUGGGAGUACGAUACUAAUGUACGAGUGUGUCCGUGAUAACAAAGAUAAUACGGAUAUAGAAACGGUUACCGAAGUAAGUCAUCAUGAAUCUGAAGAUGAUAAAUCACGAGGAUCAGUAUCUAAUCCUGAAAAAUUAAAUAAGCCAUUUAUUCAACGAUGUCUUGGUUCGUUAAGUGAUAAAAAUUUUAAUGUUAGAUUAAAUAUUACAAAAUUAGAUGAUAAAUUUAUUAAUCGCAAGUUCAAUGAUACUGACGACGAUUCAUCGGAUGUUAAAGACAAAAAUUUAAAAAAUUGUACCAUUAGAAGUUCGGACAAGUCAUCGGAAAAGACGAAACGUCCAACGAAAACACGUGUCAUAACUUUCUCAUCUGACGAAGAAGAUUUUGUAAAGGUCGCGAAUAAAAAUGCUGAAGAAGAAAAAAAAUUGAUGGUAAAUUCAGCGGAUUCUGCUGAAUCUGAUGCUGCUAAAAACUGUGAUAGACUUAUUGAUGAUUUAACAUCAGAACCGACAGUAUCGGUGUCGUCGUUGUUGUGUAUACCCACGGAAACAUUAAAAAUAAUUAGUAAUUCAGGUAGUGAAAAUUCGAUUUGUCCUGAUGGGUUGACGUUUGAUAAAAAAGGUACCAGACAAUCUAUCAAUACGAAACGGAAAGAAUCGAAUGUUAAAUCAACGGAAAUUUAUUUUGAUAGGGAAAGUGAAAAUUCUGUUAAUUUAUCAGAUAAAAUUAGUAAAAGUAAUUUUGAAAAGUCAAGUUUAAAAUUUUCCUCCGGAGAAUCUGUAUUUUCUGAAGAAAUUCCUAAAGGUACACCUAAGAAAUUUGAAAUGUCUAAUGGCAAUAUUGAAGAAACGAUUUUUAAUAAUGAUAAUAAUAAUUAUGAAUCGAGUACUAGCAUUGGGAAUAAGUCAGAAUUAAAUAGAAAUUUAAAUUUAUCACAAAAUAAAGUACAAAAAUUUCAAAAUUUGAUAGAUAAAGGUAAUAAUAUUAAUGAUAAUAAUAAUAAAUUAAUUAGUGAUGAUAGAAAUAAAAAAUCGACAAAACGUUUUAAUCAUUUAAAUGAAUCUGAUUCGUCAAAUGAAUUUAUGGUGAGUCCACCUAAAAAAAUAAAAAUAUCAGAUGAUAAAAAUUCAAAAAAUACUCAGGUGCAUUUUAAAAAUAUCUCGAAAAAUGAGUCAAAUGAAAAAUCUAAAAAAUUAAAUAAUAAAAUUAAAAAAUCCGGACUUUCAUCUGCUUUAAGAAAACAAAAAUUAUCUGGUGAUAGAAAUGAUAAUUUAAUAGAAAAUAAUGAGUAUAGAUUAGAAUUACAGACACCAGUUAAUAAAAUAUUUAGUAAUCGUAGUAGUGUUAAAAAACACGUUUCAUUUGCGACAAAAAAUUUUGAAAAAAUAUUUGUGACAGAUGAAAGUUCGAAUGAGAGUUUAUUCAAUUCAACUAGACCUGGAAAUACGAGUUUGAGUACGAGUCCAAGUAGUAUUAGUAAUUGUAAUGAUAAAAAGAUAAAUUUAAUAAUAAAUUCGAGUACAGUAAAUGCAUUUGAAGAGAGCGGGUUAAAUAGAAAUAAUUUAAUAUUUACUGGGGGAAUUAAUUCGGAUUCUCAGUCAAAAGUAACGAAAAAAAUUUUUACUACGAGAUUUUAUAGCGACUCUGAGGAUUCGAAUGAUUGAAAAAAUGAAUAACCAGUUGGGUGUAUAAAUAAAAAUUUAAAUAUAAAUGUAAAUUUUUGUAUUUAUAUAAUUUUAAGUUAUUUUUUUUAUUAGUAAUUAGAUUGAUUGCGAGGUUUAUAUAUAUAUUUUUUUUAUUUGCGAUCAAUAAAAUUUAUAUAUACGUUUGUAAUAAAUACUUUUAAGAACCGA